GAGGGGCAGAGCCCUGGAAGGUCCAGCCGUGGCCUGGCUGCCAGUGACCUGUGUGUAGGUGAAAUGACCCCGGGGGCUCCAGCUCCGUGGCUGCCUUCUUUGCUCCUGCUUCUCUGGCUUCCAGGCUGUGCUCCUCUGAGUGGCCCUGGGACUGUGACAGGCAUCGUGGGGAGAUCCCUGAGCGUGCAGUGUCAGUACGAAGAGAAGUACAAGACAUACAACAAGUACUGGUGCAGAAAAUCACUGUUACUGUGUUCAACAAUUGUGAAGACCAAGAGCUCAGGAGAAGUGAGGAAAGACCGAGUGUCCAUCAGGGACCAUCCAGCCAACCUGACCUUCACGGUGACCUUGGAGCACCUCACCCUGAAUGAUGCAGACACCUACGAGUGUGGGAUAGAUACACCAUGGACUGAAGGAUUUGAUAAGUCCGUCGAGGUUAUGGUGUUUAUAGUCCCAGAACCAACAUCAGGGCCACCUAUGAAUGUCACAGCCAAGACUUUGGCAACCAGAAGCACAUUUCCAGUUGUGCUGCCCACCAGCUUGGCCACUGAGAGUUCCACCCAAGGUUCCAACAGCACGGAAGACCACCAUGAGCACCAGGGCCUGAGCCUCCCAGUGCUGCUGUCUGUGUUAGCUCUUCUGCUGUUGCUGUUGGUGACCUCCCUGCUGGCCUGGAGGAUGUUUCAGAAGUGGGAGAAAGCUGUUGAGCAUCCGGAGCAGUCCCAGAACCUCAAGCAGGCUACUGAGCACAGUGAGCCCCAGUAUGUGAAUCUACAACUGCACACGUUGUCCCUGCGGGAAGAGCCAGUGCCAUCAAGUCAGGUAGAGGUAGAAUACAGCACAGUGGCCUUUCCCCGGGAAGAGCUACACUAUUCUUCAUUGGUGUUUGAUUCACAGACUCAGAAUUCAGAUGCCAACAGGGUUUUCCCUCAGACGCCCCAGGGCCAAGAGCCAGAGUACAGUGUGGUCCGGAAACCCACAGGAAGCCGCUCUGAGUCUCAUCCAUGACGCCUUGGAGCCUGCUCCCCGCAGUGGUGAUCAUCAGGUUCCUGAGCUCUCUCUGGGCCAUGCCCUGGAUUCCAUCAGCCUAGUUGGCUUCACAGAAGACAAGUGGGAACCAGGGUUCUGCAGGGACAGAGGGAAGCCCGCCCCCCGUCUCACCAGCUCUUUGCUGUAUUCUGGCUCUGUGUGUGGAGCAUGUAGCCACUGCAUCCUGUGUGGCUCUGAGAAAUGACAGGGUUCACAAAGAAUGGCUUCUGUGGAUAGCUUUGUAAUCUCAGCCCCUCAGAAACAUUCACAAUUGCUGGGAAGUGAGGAAAAGAGUCACACAGGUGCAGAAGAGUCACGGGGUGGGGUAUUACUAAACAUUAGCUCCCCCAUCUCACAGAUAAACUAAGACACAGAGGAGAGGAGCCUGGCUCAUGACUCCCAAGAUCAGGGCCAAGUUCCUCUAGACUCUCA